AUGGCAUUUUACAGACUUUUAGUCGUAGUCAUUUCUGUGACAUGUAGCCUGUCGGUUGACGGACAAGACAGCUUUGGAUUAUCAUACGCAUUAAGAUCUGAACUGUCGGAGGAUGCUAUUCUCGUGGCUAACAACGGAAUUCGUGUGCCUUUUGGAAGAUCAGUCUUCGUUGACCCCAUAAAUGAUUUGGUUGUUGACGUUCAGCCGGGGGACAAAUGCACCAUCACAGUCCUGGACAAUGAUCCGCUCUCCCAAAGACCCGGGCACCUCUCUCCAAAGAAGUUUCCCUGUGAAUUUGGUCCUAACGACGUCAAGUACUUUCAUUACGGCUCCCGGAGUCCUGUGACAGACAGAGUGAGACUGCAACUCAGGUAUGACACGCAGAGUGACACGGUCAUCAUACCAUUUAUGAUGGAGGUGGAGGUGGUGUUUACGCAGUUGGAGGUCAUUACCAAAAACAUGCCGCUCAACGUUGAUAGCUUUAACGGUGUUAGUAAUCCCGUUGACAGCAAAAUAUUGGGCUUUACUUAUGAUAGAGAAAAUGAACAAUGCGAGGUCACUUCACUUGCCAGCAGCAGUGCGCUUCCCAGAUACGGCCAACUUCUAGACGAUGAGGACAAACUGGGCAAAAUGAUGGACUGUGAUGAGUUCUUAAAGUCAGGCAUUCGCUACCAGCAUACGUUUAGUAACAAGUCGCCCAACAAAGACUAUGUGCCCAUGGUAGUUGAACUGUACAAUAAGGAGGGAAAUCUGCUGAAGCAGGAGUUUUUCCACGUUCUGGUGCGUAUACAAGAGGGCAAGGAAAAUACGCCGCCCAAGCCCAGCUUUGUUUCCAUGAUGAUGAUGGAAGUUGACCAGUUUGUCAUGACCGCUAUCACGCCUGACAUGCUUUCAGCAGAUGAUAUAGAAUCAAUGCCAGAAGAACUCAUUUUCAAUAUCACUUCUCCCCUCUCCAUUGAGGAAGGUUACAUUGUGAGCACAGAUGAUAGGAAUUUGCCAAUCACUGCUUUUUACCAGAGGGACCUUUUCGACUUGAAAAUUGCCUAUAAGCCACCUGCCCUUGACUCUGACACUGAGAGAAUCUUUCAGAUUGAAUUCGAGGUACUGGACACUGACGGUGGCAUUUCAGACCCCUUUGCCUUUAUGAUUGUUGUGAAACCCAUGAACACCUUUGCCCCAGUUGUCACCAAAAACACAGGCCAGCUUUUGUACGAGGGUCAGUCCAGGUCACUGCUCACAUCACACAACUUAGAAAUCAGUGAUGAGGACAACUUGGACAGUGUUAAAUUAACUGUCAUUGAUGGCCUCCGCCAUGGUGAGCUCUCAGUCCUUGGCUCUCGUAGAAAGCAUUUCACUCCUGCUGAGUUAGACGCUGGAGUGGUUGUGUACCAGCAUGAUGGUAGUGACACAUACAGCGACAACAUAAUAUUCAAAAUGACAGAUGACAAACAUGAAGUUGAGUUCCUGUUCCCCAUCACCAUUGUCCCUAUGGACGAUGAAGCACCCAUAGUCAAUGCUAACACAGGACUGGUGCUGUUCAAGCAGCAGAUGAUGCAGAUUUCCCCCCUAAUGCUUAGCGCAGCUGAUGUAGACUCUGAGGAUUCGACCAUUAAGUUCACCAUUCAGUCCCCAUUCUCCACUAUUGGUGAGGUGCUGCUUAGACAGUCCGAGGCCCCGGAAGAUCCCACGUCGUGGAAGUUUAACGCUAAUGACGAGGUCUACGAGAAAGUGGUGUCUGAGUGGCUGCAGAAAGACAUUACUGACGGAAAGGUGUAUUAUCGCCACACAGGCCCCCACAUCACUGACACAAUCACUGACCAGUUUGUGUUUAAAGUAGAGGAUGACAAUGACCCACCCAAUCAGUCUGGAGAAAACACAUUUGUCAUCAAAGUCCUGCCCAUCGAUGACAUCCCACCUGUGCUGUUCCCAGGAACCAGCUUGCAGAUGACUGUGCACGAAUACCAGCUCACAAAUCUGAACAAGAACGUGCUGCGCUACACAGAUAUCGAUUCAGAGGACCGUGACCUCAAGUACACAGUCGUCCAGCCACCUACAGACACAGAUGAGAACAACCCGAUUGUGUUUGGGUCCAUUGUGUUGACAGACAGCCCAGACACAGAGGUGCAGGACUUCACACAAGCUCAAGUCAACCAUCACAAGAUUUCCUACAGCCCCCCAGACAUAGAACUUGGAAUCAUACCCCAUGUGGUGCAGUUCCGUUACACAGUUGAAGACACAGCUGGGAAUACUGUGCCAGGAGUCUUCACCAUCCACGUGAAACCAGUGAACAACAAGCCCCCAGAAGUUGUGAACACCGGAUUCACCGUGCAUGAACACGGAACUCACCUCAUCAAAAAUGCUGAGCUCGAUGCCUCCGACCUUGACACUGACAACGGAGACCUCACUUUCACUUUAAACGUUCUCCCUCAGCAUGGGAACCUGCAGCUCAACCAAAAUGACUUGAGCAAAGGUGACACUUUGAAAAUAGCAGACAUCUACGGCGGCCUGCUGUCGUACGUGCACAAUGGCGACGAGAUCACCACCGAUGCUUUUCAGAUGGAAGUCACGGACGGCAUCCACACUGUCCCCGUCAAUGUGAAGGUUGCGGUGAAACUCAUCGACGACGAGACACCCAAACUCAGCAUCCAGGCUGGGACCAUCGGCUCCACCAUGGAGGUGCUGGAGAAUGGCGCCGCGGAGAUCACGUCUGCCGUCAUCCAGGGCGAGGAUGACGACACCGACGACCUCAUGUUGACCUUCAUCGUGGACGACCCGCCAACUCACGGUGAGAUCAUGGUGAAGGGCGAGCCCUCCAAGAAAUUCACUCAGGCCGACAUCAUCAAUGGGCACGUUGUCUACGCCCACACUAGUGGGGAGAUUGGCAUGAACACUAGGCUGGACGAGUUCAAUCUGACACUCUCUGACUUAUCAGAGGAGUGGACCGUCGGUGGCAACAGAAUCAAUGGAGUGCGAAUUUUUGUCACAAUCCUCCCAGUAGACAGCCAUCCCCCUGAGAUCCAUGUUGGAGAAGAGUUCAGUGUCCUGGAGGGUGGUAAAACCAACAUCGGUGUUGACUACAUUGCCGCUGAAGACCCAGACACACCUAUUGGUGAUGUCCUGUGUACAAUCAUUGUACAGCCUACCUCAGGUUACAUUGAGAACAUUUCCCCUGCACCAGGCUCUGAGAAGUCCAGAUCAGGCACUGCUGUCAGCGCUUUCACCAUGAAAGAUGUUAUGGACGGUCACAUCUACUAUGUGCAAAGCAUUCACAAAACAGUGGAGCCCGUAGAGGACCAGUUCACUUUCAGAUGCUCGGAUGGCACUAAUUUCUCAGAGAAGCACUUCUUCCCCAUCAUCAUCAUCCCAACCAACGACGAGGAGCCUGAAAUAUUCGCCCGCGAGUUCAUCGUCAUGGAGGGCAUGAACAUUGUCAUCGACACGCCCGUCCUGAACGGAGCCGACGCGGACAUUCCCGUCGAAGACCUGACUUUCAUCAUCUCCAAACCUCCCAAGCACGGUGCCAUCCUAAACCAGCUGGCCACCGGCUCCAUCCCAGUCACAAACUUCACGGUCGAGCAGAUCAAGGAGGCCUCUAGCAUCAUCUAUGAGCAUGACGACUCUGAGACCACAGAGGACAGCUUCGGUGUCAUCCUCACAGACGGCAAGCACAAGGUGGAGGGCACCGUGAACGUUGUGAUCAUACCGGUGGAUGAUGAGACACCCAGACUGAUGAUCAAUGAUGGACUAGAGGUGGAGGUGGGAGAGACCAAGGAGAUUUCUGACAAACUGUUGAAGGCCACUGAUCUAGACUCGGAGGACAGCCUGCUCACUUUCAUUGUGCGGUACGGUCCGAGUCAAGGACUCCUGCAGAGGGCAACGCCACAGGGAGCUCUCGAGAACAUCACCAUCGGCAUGAACUUCACACAGGCCGAGCUGGACCAGGGCUCCAUUUUGUACAGCCACAACGGACAAGAAGGCGUCCGCGACCUCCUCAAGUUUGACGUGACAGAUGGCAGCAAUGAACUCAUCGACCGCUACUUCUACAUCUCUGUCGGCAGCAUCGACAUGGUCUUCCCCGACGUGAUCAGCAAAGGCGUGUCGCUGAAAGAAGGCGGCCGCGUGACACUCACUACCGACCUGCUCAGCACCAGCGACCUCAACAGCCCGGACGAGAACCUGGUCUUCACCAUCACCAGAGCCCCAGUCAGGGGCCACCUGGAGUGCACCGACACUCCCGGCAUCCCCAUCGCCUCCUUCACACAGCUGCAGCUGGCCGGGAGCAAGGUGUACUACAUCCACACAUCCGAGGACGAGGUGAAGAUGGACAGCUUCGAGUUCGAGGUCACGGACGGCUACAACCCCGUUUUCCGCACGUUCCGCGUGUCCAUCGUGGACGUGGACAACAAGAAGCCGGUGCUGACCGUCCACGAUUUGUUCGCAACGGAGGGCCAGAGCAAGCUCAUCACGCCCUUCGAGUUGACGGUGGAGGAUCAGGACACGCCGGAGAAACUCCUGAAGUUCACCAUCACGCAACUACCGGUGCACGGCAAGCUGCUGUUCAACAACAGCAAGCCCAUCACCUCCUUCACCAAACAGGACCUGAACGAGAACAUGAUCACCUACAAGCACGACGGCACCGACUCCGCUGAGGACAGCUUCUCCUUCACGGUCACAGACGGCACUCAUCCAGACUUCUUUGUCUUCCCCGACACUGUGUUCGAGACACGCAAGCCCCAGACCAUGAAGAUCACCAUUGUGUCAGUAGACAAUGGUGUCCCCCAGAUCAUUCUGAACAAGGGUGCCACUACUUUGAAGACGCUGCCCACGGGUCACUUGGGCUUCCCCAUCACCAGCAAGACCCUGAAGGCGGAGGACACGGACAGCCCAGCGGCCGCCCUGACCUUCACCGUGACCAGCCAACCAGAGCACGGCUACGUCAUCAACCUGGCCAAGGGCAAUGAGUCCGUCUCCACCUUCACUCAAGCUGACAUUGAUGAGCAGAAGAUCUGCUAUGUGCUGAAGGACAACGACAACGCAACCAGCGACGUAUUUUACUUCUCCGUUCAUGAUAACGGAGGCAACAGCCUGAAGAACCAGCAGUUCCGCUUGACCUGGGCCUGGAUCUCCAUGGAGAGGCAGAGCUACGUGGUGGACGAGCAGGACAAGUUCCUGGAGGUGCUGCUCACCAGGCGGGGAUACCUGGGGGAAACCUCCUUUGUCGGCAUCGGCACGAUCGAUGGCACGGCCGAGAAAGACAAGGAUUUCAAAGGCAAGUCCCAGAAGCAGGUGCAGUUCAACCCUGGCCAGGCCAGCGCCGCCUGGAAGGUGCGCGUCUUCACCGACGGCAAGUACGAGCGCUCGGAGACCUUCCAGAUCGCCCUGUCCGAGCCAGUGAUGGGAGCGCUGGAGUAUCCUGCCAAGUCCACCGUGGAGCUCGUGGACCCUGGUGAUGAGUCCACGGUGUUCAUCCCUCAGGGCAGCUACACCAUUGAGGAGGACGUGGGAGAGCUGCUGAUCCCCGUACGCCGUAGCGGAGACGUCAGCGAGGAGCUCAUGGUGGUCUGCCACACCCUGCAAGGCACCGCUAAAGGAACCGUGCCCACGUCUGUGCUGUCCUACUCGGACUACAUCUCGCGUCCCGAGGAGCCCAGCAGCCUGCUGCGCUUCGACAAGGACGAGACGGAGAAGGCGUGCCGCAUCGUGAUCAUCGACGACUCCCUCUACGAGAGCGAGGAGAGCUUCAACGUCUCCCUCAGCAUGCCCGUCGGGGGACGCCUGGGCAACGAGUUCUCCAGCGCCCGCGUCACCAUCCUGGCUGACGCAGACGACGCUCCCGUGUUCUAUUUCGGGGAAAUGGAGUACUCUGUGGAUGAAAGUGCUGGCUACGUGGAAGUGAGAGUGUGGAGAACAGGAACGGACCUCUCCCAGGCCGCAGCGGUGACGGUCCGGUCACGCAAGACUGACCCCGUUUCUGCCGAAGCCGGUCAGGACUACGUGGGCAUAAGCCAGAGCCUGGACUUUGCGCCGGGGGUGAACAUGCAGACGUUCCGGGUGACCAUCUUGGACGACCUUGGCAAGCCGGCGCUAGAGGGCACGGAGAAGUUUGAGCUGGUGCUGCGUCUGCCGUCCAACGGCGUCCUGGGGGAGCCCGGCAAGGCCAUGGUCUUCAUCAACGACUCCGUGUCCGACUUGCCAAAGAUGCAGUUUGAGAAGGCCGUGUACUCCGGCGAGGAGAGCGAGGGCCAGAUCUCGGCCGUGGUGAAGCGCAGCGGGGACCUGAGCUUCAGCUCCAGCGUGCGGUGCUACACGCGGCAGGGCUCGGCCCAGGUGGGGGAGGACUUCCAGGAGAGGCCCAACACCGACGCCUCCCUUAUCACCUUCCUACCAGGAGAGUCAGAGAAGACCUGCGUGGUGACUCUGGUGGAUGACCAGCUGUAUGAGGAGGAGGAGGAGCUGAGGCUGCGUCUGGGGACACCCAAGAGCGCCUCCCCCUACGGGGCCAGCGUCGGGGACCAGGACGAGACCCUCAUCAAGAUCCAGGACACCGCCGACAAGCCUAUCAUCAAGCUGGGAGAGAUCAAAUUCAGCGUGAACGAGCCCAAGGAAGCAGGGCAGGUGACAUUGGUGAAGAUCCCGGUGAUCCGUGUAGGUGACACUUCCAAGGUGUCCCUGGUUAGAGUGCACACCAAAGACGGGUCGGCCACCUCCGGAGCAGACUACCAUCCCAUCUCUGAGGAUGUUGAGUUCAAGAAGGGUGAGACGGAGCAUUCCGUGGAGGUGGAGAUUCUGUACGACGGCGUGAGGGAGAUGCGUGAGGCCUUCACCGUCCACCUCAAAGCCGAUGAAAACAUGGUGGCUGAGAUACAGAUGACCAAGGCCAUCGUCUACAUCGAGGAGACCAAUAGCAUGGCAGACGUCACCUUCCCCUCGUUGCCGCGGGUGGUGUCCCUGUUGCACUAUGACGGCGUCAGAAGCAAGAGAGACGUCGGCGCCCAAGAGAAGCUGCAGCCCCCCGCUGGCUAUCCUGUCGUCUGUGUCACGGCCUGCAACCCCAGGUACGGCGACUUUGACAAGACGGGCUCCAUCUGCGUGAGUGAGAACAUCAACGACACGCUGACGCGCUACCGCUGGCUCAUCAGCGCCCCCACAGGCCCGGACGGCGUCACCAGCCCCAUGCGCGAGGCCGACUUCGACACCUUCUUCACCUCCUCCAAGAUGAUCACGCUGGACUCGGUCUACUUCCAGGCCGGCUCCAGGGUGCAGUGCGCGGCCAGGGCCGUCAACUCCAACGGGGACGAGGGCCUGGAGCUCAGCAGCCCCGUCAUCACCAUCAGCCAGGAGGAGGGCAUGUGCCAUCCUCGCAAAGUGGGCACGGUGGGCGCUGAACCCUUCACAGCCAAACUCCGCUACACGGGCGCUGACGAUCCUGACCAUGCCAACCUGAUCAAGCUCACUGUCACCAUGCCACACAUCGAUGGCAUGCUGCCGGUGAUCUCCACGCGUCCCCUGUCCAACUUCGAGCUGACCUUGAGCCCCGACGGCACGCGUGUGGGCAACCACCGCUGCUCCAACCUGCUGGACUACAACGAGGUCAGCACGCGCUACGGCUUCAUCACCGAGGACACGCGCAACCCCGAGGCGGUGGGUGAGACCUCCCCGUACCAGUACAGCGCCCCCCUCCGCAGCGACAGCACGCUGCGCUUCUACCGCAACCUGAACCUUGAGGCCUGUCUCUGGGAGUUCGUCAGCUACUACGACAUGUCGGAGCUGCUGACCGACUGUGGAGGUUCCAUCGGCACCGACGGACAGGUGCUGAACCUGGUGCAGUCCUACGUGACCCUGCGCGUGCCCCUGCACGUCUCCUACGUCUUCCACUCGCCCGUGGGCAUCGGCGGCUGGCAGCACUUCGACCUGCAGUCCGAGCUGCGGCUCACCUUCACCUACGACACGGCCAUCCUCUGGCAGGACGGCAUCGGCAGCCCGCCGCAGGCCGAAGUGCAGGGUGCCUUGUACCCCACCAGCAUGAGGAUAAACGAACAGGGACGUCUGGUGGUCAACUUCCGCACUGAGGCACGCUUCAGGGGUCUGUUCGUGGACACGCACCCAGGUAUGCUCAGACGGUACAAGAGAGAGGACAACCGCCAGAAAUCCAUGGUCCUGAGCAUGGCCCACCCUGGGCUGACCUUCAACUUGUCCCUGGUGCGGACCGAGCCGACGUACAACCAACCCGUGCAGCAGUGGACCUUCAUGUCGGACUUUGCUGUGCGCGACUACUCUGGCACAUACACUGUGAAGCUAAUCCCCUGUACGGCUGCCAUGAAUGUGGAGUACUCCGUACCCCCCGUCUGCAACCCCAGGGAGCCCAUCACGUUUGACAUGGACAUUCGCUUCCAGCAGGUGAGUGACCCAGUGGCUGUGGAGUUUAGCCUGAACACGCAGAUGUUCCUGCUGUCCAAGAGGAACCUGUGGCUCUCCGACGGCUCCAUGGGCUUUGGACAGGAGAGUGACACCGCCUUCUCAGAGGGCGACACGAUCUUCGGUAGAGUCAUGGUGGACCCUGUGCAGAAUCUGGGAGACUCGUUCCACUGCAGCAUUGAGAAGGUGUUCCUGUGCACCGGUGCCGAUGGCUAUGUGCCCAAGUACAACCCCACCAAGUCAGAGUUUGGCUGUCUGGCAGACUCCCCGUCACUUCUCUAUAGAUUCAAGAUUAUCGACAAGGCCCAGCCUGAGACGCAGGCCAGGUCGUUUGGAGACGUACCCUUCAAUGCUCUCCUGGCAGUGGACGACCCAGGUGCCCUGACCCUGGUCAAGCAGCCUGGAUCAGAUGGAUUCAGGGUCGACUCAGAGCCCAUGUUCCAGGUUGCAGCUGGAAGGGAGUGGUACAUCCACACCAUCUACACCGUGCGCUCCAAGGAGAACGCCAACCGUGGCAUCGGCAAGAGGAGCCUGGAGUACCACCACAGUAUGAGCAUGGCAUCACCCUCUGCCACCCACGACAACCUACCAGCUCUGCCCUCGUCCCUUGCCCGCUCCAGGAGAGCUGCUGGUCCCGAGGUGCCCGCCCUGGCCGAGAACAUCGGGCCCGACAAUAACCGUGGCACCAACAUCAUGCACAUCUCCCUGGACCGCAGCCGCAGGCGGGCGGGCCCCAGGGACGACGGGGCCCUGGCGGACAACACUCUGCCCCGGGAGCAGGGCAGCAAGCGUGGGGAGGAGGACGCGGUGACAGUGGCGGGUGCUAUGGUGGGUCUCCUGCUCACUGUGCUGCUGGUAGUGGCGCUGGCACUACUGCUGCGCUCGCGCCAAACAGGCGUCGGCAAGAUGGCGCCCAAGCCCUCGGGCAGCAAGCAACAGAUGAUGGUGACAGACAAGUCCUACGACAGCGCCGAUAGCUCAGAGGUUUGA